UGAUUGGAAAACCUAACCCCACAUCCCAAAAAAAGGUCGAAAGAUUCAUCCCAUGAGAUCUUACUAUGAUUUGUUCAUUAAUUUAGUAUGACCUUUAUUUUGAAAUUAAGUACUAUAAUAAUUAUGCACUGAUUUAAAUUUAAAGAAAUCUCACCUUCAGUAAUUCUCAACAAUGGACCAUAAGACUAUUGAAUUGGAUCAAGGAUGGGAUUGCAUACAGAAGGGGAUCACAAAAUUGAAGAAGAUUUUGGAGGAGCAGCCAGAGCAACCAUUUAGCGUAGAAGAAAAAAUGAACCUUUACACAACAAUCUACAACAUGUGUACACAGAAGCCUCCUCAUGAUUAUUCCCAACAGCUUUAUGACAAGUACCGGGAAGCUUUCGAGGAGUAUAUUACUUCAACGAAAGUGCAACAUGAGUUGCUGGUGGUCUUUGCUGACCCACUACUUGGAAAAGAGUAUUCUGGAUGUCGUGCAUUGCUCAGAGAUGAUAAGGUGGAUGAUCUUUCUAGGAUGUACAGGCUUUACCAUAAAAUACCCAAGGGAUUGGAACCGAUUGCUAAUACAUUCAAGCAGCAUGUCACUAAUGAAGGUACUGUCCUCGUUCAACAAGCUGAAGAUGCUGCAAGUAACCAGGCUACAACUUCUUCUGGUGCCCCAGAGCAGGUCCUCAUCAGGAAAAUAAUUGAAUUGCAUGAUAAGUACAUGGCCUACGUGACUGACUUUUGAGCAGAAGACUAUUGAACUGGUUGUCUCUACCUAUCAGGCUGCUGUCCUGCUGCUUUUCAAUUCUUCUGAUCGCUUGAGCUACUCAGAGAUCAUGGCUCAAUUGAAUUUGA